UUCUGAAUGUCAGGCACCUUGGCUGUUUCAGAGUCUGAACCAGUCGAAGCCGUCGCCCGUUUCGAUUACACAGGCCGCUCCGGUCGGGAGCUGACGUUCAAAAAGGGCGCCUCUCUCCUGCUCUUCCAGCGAGCCUCCGAAGACUGGUGGGAGGGGCAGCACGAUGGAGUGUCUGGUCUGGUGCCGCACCAGUACAUCAUUAUUCAAGAGACAAGCGAAGUCGAUCGUGGAAGUCCAAAGCCUGAUGUGGACAGCAGGGAGAUGCUGGAGGAGAGGGUGUCCGCUCGGGGCAGCGCCCCCUCCCCCACAGGAGGCCAUGUGGCUGACAUCUACCUCGCCAACCUCAAGCUGAAGAAGCGCCCUGAGCACGGAAAUGUCCGAAGAGCAUUCAGAUCAGAGAGCGACGGCACUGGUCCAGGAGCCAGCAGCAGUGGGGCAGGAGGUGCCAGAACGGCGUCUCUACCCGGUGGAGCUCAAUUAAAAGACUUUGGAGACAAACGUCCAGUCAGCGUUCAUAACAUCCUCAACUCUGUCACUCGACACUCUUCUCUCAAAACCAAGGUGGAGAGUCCUCAGUUAAAGAAGACCACCCCUGCAGGACGCUCCAAGAGUUUCAGCAACCACAGACCCCUGGAUCCUGAGGUCAUAGGUCACGUGGAGCUCAGCUCACAGGACCCGCAGGACUCCUCCCUGAGUGAGCUCAGUAAGUUUGAAAGACAGAGCACCUCCAAACAUACGCACACCCCUGAUGUGGUUCUGGACACACUGGAGCAGCUGAAAGGCAUGAGCGGAGGCGGCGGCGGAGGAGGAGGAGCUUCCGAGCCCUCCAGCCCGCUCCACUCCCGGUUGCUGCGGGACGGCGAGGGCGGCCCCUCUUACGUCCACCCGCUUCAGCGCAGCGCCUCGUCAGCAAGCGACGUCCCCUCCUCCUUCCGCCCGGCGAAGACUCCGACUCGGAGCCCGCUGCCAUCCGCCACCUCCCCCUCUCUCUCGUCAUCGACCCUCUCCUCCUCCGUACCGUCCUUCAGGGAGAUGCGACCGCCGGCCACCAGACCGAAGCCUGUGGUGUUCCCGAAGGGUGGAGGAGGCACGGGAAGCCCCGCCAUGGGCUCUCCGACCUCCACAGUCCCUCCGACGCCACCUCCCCCACUGUUAGGACACACACACUCUCUUCCUCACACACCACCUCCUCCUCCUCCUCCUCAGUCUAAUGAUAAAUCCUGUCCGGCUUAAGAUUCCUGUAUUCCUCCUAACAAUCCUCACAGCUCUUUUAGUGCAGAAGCACUUCAGUUCUUUCAUAACAUCAACUCGCUAGCAGCAUCUUAGGAUUCAUUGACUUUAUCAAGAAGAGUGUGCCCUCUGCUGGCGGCUCUGAUUUACUACAAGUCAACUAGGAGGAGAAGCUUGGAUUUUUUUUUCUUUUUCCUCCGUAGAGAAAUCACAACAGUUGCUGGAUUUCCAGAGAUAGGAGCUACACACACUAGUUAUUUUAUUUUUUUUUUGAUUGUGUGUGAUUUAUUUUCGCAUAUGAAAUAGCUUCUAAGUGCAGGUGAAAGUGUGACCUGCUCUACAUGUAAAGAACAAAAAAGCACUGUUUUUUUUUUGUAUAAUAGACACAAAAGGGUUCUUCUUUCCUCUCUCUUUUUCUUUUUUUUUUUUAAGAAAAACCUCUGAGUAAAGCGAGACGAGGGCGUUGUUUGAUUCCUCAGAACAGACUGUGAAAGCCACGCUCUCACUUUGUAGAACCGAAACACACUGACUCGCUGCUUCAGAGGAAGGCAGAUGGGACAUUUUUUGAAAUGAGAGGGAAACUGGGCCAAAUAUCGGUGCAAGUCACAUGAUCAAGAGCUUUACUGAACCUCUCUCACUCAGUAUUUAACACGUUUUCAUGUCUGAUUGCGUAACAUGAACUUAACACGGCCGACAGUAAUUCUAAUAUAGCAAUAAAACAAUGAAAGCAAAAAGUUUCUGCGGUGUGAUGCUGCUUUACUGCAGCAGCUUUUUUUAUUUGUGUUUUUUAAGGAGGGACCGUUCAUACAUUCUCUCCUGAUGUGUGCUGGUUUGAGGCAGCUAAACGCCUUUCAGGUUUCUAUCAUGCAUGCUGGCGCCCGCUAAUAGAACCAGCUAGCCGAUUAGGCGAUACCAGCUGUGACAUCACUUCUAGAAAAAACAGGAUUACCAUAAAAAAAAAGGGUUUAAACACGCCGAUCUUCUGUUUUCUAUUUACUAGUCAUGUUGAUAACUGGAAGCAUGCAGCUGCAGGUCUUCCCUGAGUGUGUGCAGAUGUGAGCACAACCAAUCACCUCAUCUUAUAUGUCACCAAGUUAAUGCCAAGAAUGUGUUGGGGGUUCGAUUCUGGACUGUUAUAUCUCUCUGUGUGCACAUCCAUGGAUAGAGAGCUUAUGCACCUCCCUGACCCAGGCCUGCACGUAAAUAAACGCCAACUGUAAGCAACAUGGUGGAGACACCUUCCUCAGUAUCCUGGAAAUGUGGGAUGUGCAGUUUGUAAAUGUAUUCAUAUUCCUUUUCCUUUUUGUCACAUUAGAACCUUAAGAUUUAAUGUAUUUUGAUGGGAAUAAACCGACAUAAAGUAGCUCAUAAAUCUGAUGCACAUUUCGCCCAAAAUUUAAGAUUGACAGUUUAUUACAUAACAAAUUCCCGUUUAAUCUCUUUAGCUGUUUUUAACGCAAACUUAUAAAAAAAAUAGGUUUAAAUAAACAGCUUAUUUAAUGUCAAGUUUGUUUAUUUAGUAUUUCCAAAGUGUUUUUGCUCAAAAUGAAUACCAAGGAGUUUAUUUCUAAUAAAUAAAAUUGCAUAGAAAUCAUGUUACCUUUAUGCAAAUAAACUAAAUAUGUUUUAA